CUCGCGGGGUGCCCAGAGCGAGGGCUGAGGGAGCAGCCGCUACUGCGCUGUGGGGAGUAACUGCUAUGACUCUGGAGGAGAUCCACGGACAGCAGCCCAUGCCUGCGGGCAACGACUGGAUGCAGGGCGCCGGCACGGCCCUCCACGAGCUGCUGGUGUCGGCGCAGCGCCGAGGCUGUCUCACCGCCGGCGUCUAUGAGUCGGCCAAGCUCAUGAAUGUCGACCCCGACAACGUCGCGUUCUGCGUGCUGGCCGCGGACCACGAGGACGAGGGGGACAUCGCCCUGCAGAUCCACUUCACUCUGAUCCAAGCCUUCUGCUGCGAGAACGACAUCGACAUUGUGCGUGUGAACGACGUGGCCAAGUUGGCGGCCAUCGUGGGGCCCAGCGAGGAUUCCGGGGAGCCGCGGGAUCUCCACUGCAUCCUCAUCACGAACCCGAAUGAAGAAGGCUGGAAGGACCCAGCUCUGGAGAAGCUGAACUUGUUUUGCGAAGAGAGCCGAAAUCUCAAUGACUGGGUGCCAACUAUCCCCCUGCCUGAGUGAUGGUCACCUGGUGCACUGGGGAGGCUGAAACCUUUGUUGCAUUCUCAACGUGCUGUGCAUUCACCAAAAUGUGCAACAAGCUGCUGAUUCCAUGGAUUAGCCUGGUCAAGAGACUGGAUUAAAGUCGCUCAGACUGGCAUGCAGUGGGCUCUUACAGAGGAGAAAGAGGAAAACAGCUCAUCUCACCAGUGAGCCUCAGUAGGCUGCAACCGUGGAGAGGCUGACAUACCAUGGAACUGAAAGAAGUAUUGCAAGUUUGGCUGUGUGGAGCUGUUUCAGAAGGGAGAGGGGAAGUUGAGGGAAGUGGGCCAAAACUUUCCAGAAGGACUGGAUAGAGUACUGUAACUGGGAACUGUUGGUGCUGUCUGCAAAACACAGGAGAAAGUAUCAAUAUUUAUGGAGUAUUGGGGAUUGGUUAUUAAGACAAAUGCAGAUAUUCCAAAGCAGACAGACUUCAACAGGCCUCUUGGGUCACUCUGCAGAUCUGUUUUAAUACCGCAAUAACUUUUAUUGAAAUACUUGCUGCUAUUGAAGCUUUCAUAAUAAAUUUUUGACAAUUAAUUUCUGGGAGUGUCUUGCUUGCUGGGUGUGGGGAAGCAUGUCACUGAAAUACCACUGAUGUUUUGCUUGUGUGCUGUAGUCAAAGAUCUACUCCACAGUAAUGGAGUUAUUACUUAAAAUACUUUCCUGGGCUGGCUGAAUGAAGUGCUGCUCUGUCCAAGUCGAUAAUUCAACCUUUUACCCUCUUGCAACAGCUGCUUAUCGCAACAGCUUGCAAGACUAAGGAGUUGCAUGGCUAAUGAGCUCACUUAUUGUAAUAGGAGGUCUUUGUAGUCUGCUGGAGGAACACAAUGCAUGUUAGAAACAUGGAUUUUUAGAAUACAGACCUCCAGUAAAUUGCAUCAUUGAUUCUUAAAUAUGACUUAGAUGCAUUCAGAGCUGGCAUGUUUCCACUUGACAGAAGCGGCUUAAACAUGAUGAGGGGGGUGCAAAACUCCUUAGAUGUCAAACACAUCUAACAUUUGCUUUGAUUAGAAUGACAUCAUUAAAUCUAAAACUAGCAAAUGGUGAAUAAACAUCACAUCUGCCACAAGCUGCUCUCUGAUUGCCAUAUGCUGUAACAAUAGAAGCUGUCAGUCCAGAAGCCAAUUUUGUGAAACCUAAUUGCAUGACAACACCAAAUUAAGUCCAAAACAAUUUAAGGAUGGUGUGGCCUUUUUUAGAGAUUCUGUCAUGAAAAGUUAAUAUGGGUGGGUUGAUUUGGCCCUAUGUUAAGAGGGAAAACAUCACCCCAUUUUUGUGCACAAACUGUGCAUGUGCUCCAGGACUUGACAUAAAAUGGCACAGUAAUAACCCCUUCUCCACAGAGCAAGAAAGCUAAAACUACUCACUUCCUUUAUAGGCACUAAAACCAGUCAGUUAUCACAAUUGCAUUUCCUCUGGGCUGUCUUGCAGUGAUUGACAGUAGCACUUGCUGAAAAGUGGUCAUUUCCACUUGAGCAAGGAAGCUGCUUGCUCUCAGUUUCAUUGUUCCUGAUAUGGGAAGUUCAAAUUCAGCUCCAGCAUUCCUGGAAUAUGCUUCCUUGUACAGGAGGUAUCUAGCAGUGCUUGAUACUUUGUUACUGUGUCAUAAGAGGCUGCAGGCUGGCAGCAUGACCAGAGCUUAGACUGAAGUAAACACUACGGGGGCCUCAGACGGCUGGAAGUAUUCAUUUUUGCACUUAAGAUACUGGAGUUUCUGCACAGCCUGUUUUUCUACUUAACCUGCUCUCAGCAACUGGUGUCUGUCUAUGAGUUUAAGAGAAAUCACAUGGAAAAGUAAGAAUAAACAGCUCUGGCAGCUGUGAUAACAGAAACUGCCUUUAAGGCAGUUGCCUCGAUAGAAUAUAUCAAGUGUGGGUGCUUUAUUAGACAUUUUUAUAUUUUUCUCUUAGCAUAUGCAGGUUUCUUAAUUUUACAGCCAACAAACAUAUUUCUGCUUUUUGCUUGGGGCCUAAUCAGUACUCAGAGCCAAGAACAGAUUAAAGUGGACUGUCCUGAAAUCAACUUUCAUGUGAGGUGUAAGCAGUACUUUGCAGCCUUGAGUGGUUUAAACAAGCCUGAGAAGACAAAAGGAAGUUCUCACUCAUUAUAGACAGCUACGUAAAUCAUUGAAGUAUAGCAGAGAGUAAGUGUAACUGGUCUAUCUACUGAGGCAGUAGUCAUAGUGGUACUGGUGGGAAGUUUUAACUUUCCAGCUUUUAUGGAAGGAGUACACUCUGCAGCAAACAAUGGAAUUCGUGGGACAACACCAAAAUACCCUUGUAAGGAUGUUUUCUCUUGUCUCAUAAAAGAUGGGAGGAUGACCUUCAGCCUUGUGAAAAUAUAAGCUGUGCCCCAUGAGAGGUACACAAUUUCUUAUUUUAGUGACCUAUACAAUUCUCCUCAAAUCCCUUCUUGACCAUUGCAAAUUAUACAAAAGUGAGUUAGCCUGCAAAUGUUAUUAAUACAGCGCUGCAACCAAAGGCAGCUCUGACGUGCAAGUUAUGUGCUGCUGCAAGUAUCUGUAAUGAUCAACGCUACUUAAUGUAGCAAAAAUUCAGCAGCUGGUAUCUACAUCUUUACAUUCUCAGAUAUAUAAUUGUGCAAAGAGCAACUAUACAUUUGUUAAAGAUAGAGAGUAGACUUGGGUAUUAUUGACUGCAGUGGGGACAGCUGGUCGGGAGAUGGUUGGCUCACCAGAUGUCCAGGAUGUUUUGUCAAGUACCUGGGAGAUCUGGAGGCUGGAACACUAGUCUCUUGUGUCUGUGAUCAGUAUGCCUGGAGUACUUUGCCUUCCCAGAAAACAGAAGUACCCAGGAGAGAGUCACUAGGGGUUUCCAGAACCACUGGGAGCUCUGCCAAGGUACACCCCCUCCCAGCUGUGUUGCAUAGUCUGCACAGGCUGGCUUGUGCUGUGCCAUGGUGGCCACGUCAAGGGGCUCUCGGGGGGAGACAUAAAUUAAUAGAUGUUAAUAAUAAAGGUGAUUCUUUAGGACAUGACCAGCUGAGGGACAUGGCACAAGGUGCACAACAUGGUGUGGAGUUACAGAGUGCUGGUGCUUCUGGCUUUGCUUUUCAUCAGACUCUUCACUCAUGUGCUACUAGGUGAUAAAAUCUGUGUUUUUCAGUAUUGUCAUCAUCAGCUUUGGUAUUGUGCUGACUCUAUUUCUAGGUGUAUUUUUUAAUGAGGUGAUGCAUAAAGUCUAAUUUCAAAUAUUUUUGAGCAACAGCUUUGCAUUUUUUCUAUGUAUCUGUUUUACCACCUAAUGGUAAUGACUGACAGGAAUUUCCCUUCAUAUGUGGUUUCCUUCUCUUAAUGGUGUUUUCUUCCUGUUACACUUCUGUGCAUCACUUUACCUUUCUCUCUUUGUGGUUACAGAUAGUCAUCUCUUCUGAUGCCUGACAGUUUUAUUUUGCGCUAUAUUAAUUGCAUUAUCAUCCUAUCAGGAUAUAUGUAUGAAUACUGGCACACAGUUGUGUAAACAAUGUUUCCUCUCCUCCUUUUCAUUUUUGGAGUAGAAAAUACAAAAAGGAAGAUAAUAAAUGGAAUAUUACGAAGAGGAAGGCAAACUAUUGCACAAAAUAAAGUUUGAAUAAAAUCUGUG